GCGAAAGUCCCAUCGAGGAAAUCCUCUUCCAGGGAUUCCGCCUCUUGGGGAGGGAGGGGCAGAAUUGCGGGGCUGGGAAAAGCGGGAGGAUCCCCUGGGCUCUCGACCACCAGGAAGGGCAGCCCUCUUUCCCGAGAUUGAGUAGCGCAGGUUGAGGUUUGUGGACACAGGAUGGCUCUGCGCUCUGCGCCCCCUUUGCUUUUGGUGUCGGUGGUGGUCAUUCUAUGGGAGAGCUGCUUCGGCUCCUCCCACUCCCUGAAGUAUUUCUCCACCGCCAUCUCGGAGCCCAGUCAGGGGCUGCCCCAGUAUGUCUCUCUGGGGUACGUGAACGAUCAGGUCUUCGUUCACUACGACAGCCACAGCCGGAGGGUGCAGCCUCGAGUCUCCUGGAUGGAGAAGGUGGGGAAGGACGACCCCCAGUACUGGGACAGAGAGACCCAGAGAGAACGUGGCAAUGAGGAGGAGUUCAGAGACCACCUGGAGACGCUGAGGAUUCUCUACAAUCAAAGUGAAGGCCUGCACACAUUGCAGAAGAUGUAUGGCUGUGAGCUCCGUGCAGACGGGACCAAGGAAGGGUUUCUCCAGUAUGGCUACGAAGGGAGGACCUUCAUCACUUUCGACAAGGAGACCCUCACCUGGGUGGCUCCUGACCCCCAGGCUCAGUUUACACAGAGGAAAUGGGAUGCUCUUCCAAGAAAGAAUCUGGGGCAUAAGUUUUACCUGGAAGACGAAUGCAUUGAGUGGCUGAAGAAGUACCUGUCCUACGGGAUUGAGACUCUGCUGAGGACAGAGACCCCAAUGGUGAUGGUGAGCAGCCGGACGGAGGUGGAGGAUGGGAUGGAGACGCACAUCUGCCGCGUCCAUGGCUUCUACCCCAGGGAAAUCGAUGCCUCCUGGAGGAGGGAUGGGGAGGAAUGGCUGGAAGAGACCUUCCAUGGGUCUGUGGCCCCCAACGCAGAUGGGACCUACCACUACUGGCUCAGCAUCCGGAUCAAUCCCGAAGAGAGGAGCCGCUAUCGGUGCCACGUGGAGCACGACGGCCUGCAGGAGCCUCUGGACUUGGAGCUGAAGAGUGAGAGGCUGCAGGGAUGGAAAGGCUGGGCUUUUUGGCUGGCUGGAGGGUGGUGGGAGUAGUUGGUGGACCUGCAGGGACCAGUCCAUAGAAUUGGCUUUAAAUGAUGUAAAGGAAGCAACAGACUCCCAUCACAAGUGUUGCCGAUCCUGAAGAAAUGCCCUUAGAUCCUCCCUUAGACUUUCUUCUUCCCCUGUUUCCUGCCUUCAACAGAGGAGUUAUGCUGAGCACAGAUAUACUCUGGUUUAAUUUUAGAUUUAUUACAGAAAUCAGGAGGUAUCUGGUAGGCCCUAUUUUGAAUACCAAAUUUUACUAAGAUUUGUGAACUGCAGCUUCAUGAAAUGGAUAAAUUGGCUGGAUUGAUGCAUCAAUAGUUAGACAAGGGGCUCCUGGUCUCAUUUUUCCCCCAUCAGCAACUAGCACAGCUCGCUCCCUUUAGAGUGUGACGUUCUUCACUUGGGAAACAAAAAUGAAAGAUGAAAGUCUUGGGCGGAGGAUACUUGAGGUUGCUAAAAACAUUUUGUAAUAGCGGUUGAUAGAAGAUAUCUAUAUACAUAUACAUUAUAUCCACACAUAUAUGCAUUACAUCCACACAUCCAUUUUCACGCAGACAUACACACUUGCUACACAAACAUAUACCAGCAUAUGUAUACAUACAUACAUAUUUACAUAUAUAAACUGAGAGCAUAUGCACCAAAGAUAAAUUCCUUG